AUUGUGAAGGUUCAGCUUAUUCUGCCUGAUACCCCCCUUAAAGUCUUCUCGCAGUGUGUCAAUACGCCCCUUAUCCCUUCUGGUCCCGUCCAACGAAGCAGCAAGCUGUUUCUCUUUCCUUUGCGCGUUUGCAACCUUCCUGAGUCCUGGCUGAGCUGGUGAAUUGCUGGGCAGUGUGUGCUGGUUCGCCUUGCGCUGCCUAGCCCCUUUAUUAAUGGUGUUAAGCAGCUUCCCCUUGGAAUUGUGGAAGUUGCUGUUACUAUGCCUGUUGGAGCGGGAUACGAGCUCGUUCUGGGUCGGUGAGUCCACGUUGGACAUCUUGCUGGUUUCACUUCGCGCAUCCGAGUUUAUAGUGGGCUGCUUCUGGCCGACUAAUGGGUCCUCGCUGCCGUCUGGAAUUUUCUUGGUGCCGAUGCGAAGUCUCAUCUUCUUCUGCGCCUUCAACCCUGGGUCAUUUGGGUUGGCUAUUUUGAUGCCCAUCUGAUCUGUGGGGAGUUCUUGCGACUUUCCUUCCCACUCGUCACUCGGCUGUUCUUUGGGCCGCGCUCCUAACUGCAAGGUGGCAACUUCGCGCUUGUGUAAUUGCUCGGGUUGAUCCUCGGGUUCCUUAUCAGUCGCUCCCCGCUCGUGCAGCUCCGUAGUCUGGUC